AUGUUCAAUCGACCUGCAUCUUCCCUAUCGACUCAUCGCAAUGUUCGACCUUCUUCAAGUACGACCACUCGUCCACCGAUAGAACAGCUCGUAUACUCUCUCGUGCCAUCGCUUGCGCCUUCAAGAUCGCAUCGCACCGGUAUUGAUUCACGAUCAGGAAGAUCGUUAGUGGCUAGCUCCAGACCUGAUAGUCGAGCUGAUAUCGACGAUGAAAUCGAGAAGGAAAGGAAAGAGAGAGUCAAGGAGUUGAUGGAAUGGUGCGAGGAAAUUAUGGAAAGAUUACCAUCAUCAGCCCCUUUAUCCUCUUCGACAUUACCUGAUACAGCUAGACGGAUGUUACUUCAAACAGCUUCUCGCCCAGAUGGCAGAUCAGCAUCGAGGCAGAGUAUGCGAGGUGAAGAAAGCUCAAUUGGAACGGAGAGAGCAAUGAAGUUCAGUGGGAUAUGGAAUAAGCUUGAAAAAGGGCGCCUAUUGUCAUCCCCUUUACCUCAUCUACAAUUUCUUCUGUCAUUGUCUGAUCUUAACCCUAGCAAUACACCAAGUAGACCGAUACCUUCUGCAAAUUCCCCAGCCGCAUCGGCGAGCAGAUCUAUGCCACCACCACCUGUUCCAUCUACUUUUCCCUCUACACAGGCUAGCUCUUCAAGACAACCUCUCAACGAUGCACCUUCUACGAAUAUUCCUAUUUUAGAUUUCGAUCCCAAGGGCAAGAGCAAGGCGGAUGUCCUGAAGGCUUGGCGUAUAUCAAUGUCUCAAACACCUUUUCCACCCCACCUUCUACUACGAGAUACUCUAUACCUUCUGCAAGGUAUCGACGGUCAUUAUAUCCGUUUCGCUCUUCGACCGCCACCAGAACAGAAUCCGUAUCUGACCGAGAAGGGUAGAGCGGGGGAGGGAGCGGGUUUCCCACUUGGAAAAGAUGGAGGCGUGCUCCCAAAAGUAGAAGGAGAUGAAGGGGAUAUAGUUGGAAUCGAGAUUGUAGCAGAUCAAGAAAAGGACGGCUUUAUAUCUAAGCCUACACAGACAAUACUGAUGCAGCUGUCCGAGAUGGGUAUGCUAUAUAGACGAGUCACAGACUUUAUCAACUCUCGUCAGGCUGGAGUUGGGAAAGGCGGUAUGACUGAGCAGAGUCUUUGUCACUUCCUACAUCAUGAAUUGUCGGAAUAUCAUCGACUACUCGCCGUUUUGGAAUCGCAGAUGAACCAAACUUCAACGGAAGACAUGGAGAAACCCGCCGAAGGUGCUGGAUUGACGCUGAUGAGGUUAGGACUCUGGACAGAGGAGAUGAGGUUGAAGUUGAGACAGAUGAGUAUGGUCGUAGACGAGGCGAAAAGUGUUCAUGGAGGAGCUUUAGUUUCGAGGAUACACAAACAUACCAGUCAUGGCGAUCCCCUUAUCAGGAGAUUCACUGAUCAGAUACUGGAAGAGGUCUCCAAACCAUUCUUUGCAACUUUACAACGAUGGAUAUUUUCCGGUGAUCUAAAUGACCCUUUCAACGAAUUCUUCGUACAACUAAAUCCUGAAAACGUCUCCGCUCGGGACGGCCGAAUAUCGCCAGCAGGGGAUGUAGGAUUUGAAGUGGGAAUAGAUUCCGCAGGAGGUACAGACGAGGCUCAUAAAGUCUGGGAAAAGAAAUACGUUUUUGUGAAAGGUAUGGUACCUGGUUUUGUCAGUGAAGAUUUCGGCAAGAAGAUAUUCUCAACUGGAAGAAGUUUGAAUUUCAUCCGAUAUAGCUGCGGGGAUAGCGAUUGGAUAGAGACUCAAGCUAAGCUCGCUAACGCUGGUCGAGCAUUGAAAUAUAGCGAUCUAGCUGGACUGGAACGGUCUAUCGAUGAUGCGUAUGGAAUAGCCAGUCAACGGUUAUUAGAGAUAUUCUUCGACAAAUUCGUUCUGCUAGAACACCUGAGAGCUCUCAAAUCCUAUUUGAUGCUGGGAGCUGGUGACUUCACAGAAUUAUUAAUGGAAGCUUUAGCUCCGCGACUUUCCAAGCCUGCUAUAUCGUUAUAUCGACAUCACUUGACAUCUGACUUGGAAUCUGCUAUUCGAGGAUCGAACGCUCAGUUCGACAAACCAGAUAUACUACGUAGACUCGAUGCUAGGAUAUUAGAAUACUCUCAUGGUGAAACAGGAUGGGAUUGUUUCGCAUUGGAAUAUAAGGUUGAAGCUCCUUUAAACGCUGUUCUGGACGGAAAGGCAAUGCUGGAUUAUGAUAGAUUAUUCAAUCAUUUGUGGAGAUUGAAAAGAGUAGAAAAUGCUUUGACGCAUGGUUGGAUGCAAGUUACUAGUGUUUCGAGGACGUAUGAGAAGAUACCAGGUCUCAGCAACGACUGGCAUCAUUGUCGAAUAGUACAAUCUGAAAUGGUACAUUUCCUGAGAAACCUCCAAGCCUUCUAUCAAUUAGAAGUGAUAGAAUGUUCAUGGCAGGCAUUGAUAGAAUUCACAGAAAAGAGAGAAGGUGAUCUAGAUGCUUUAAUAGCCGCUCAUCGAGAGUACCUCGAUAGAGUGGUGAGAAAGGUCCUAUUAUUGAGUAGUAAAAGGGACAAAGAGGAGAUACUACUUGACACGGUCCGGGAUGCUCUUGAGUUCAUCUUGCAGUUUAGGGAUGCUACGGACGAUCUGUAUGGAUGGUCCUUGGCUGAGGCUACUCGAUUGGAUCGUGAACGAGACACCGAACGAGGACUAUACACUACUCCAACAACGGAUUCACUUGAUCUAUCACAGACUCAACUAACGUCAAUCAGACAACGAAUCAAGACAUGUUCAAAUUCAUUCCAAGAUCGUCUCAUUUCGAUAUGUCAUUUAGCUGGAAGUCACCCGGAUUUAGAUAUUAGAUUUUUAGCCAUCAGGAUAGCAUGGAAUGGACAUUAUUCUCUGAGGAAAAGUAGACCUACUGGUAAUACCGUUGAAAGGAAUUCAAAGUCAAGUAGGGGAUAA